AUGGACGACUACAUGUUCCGGUCGUAUGUGACCGAGUUCAAGUGCGUUCAGGAAGAGACCAGCUAUCUCGAGAUCUUCAAUUACUCGGAUCCCUCGUUCAACACCUCUGAGGAACACCGCUUCCGCUUCGAUGAGCUUCCCGAUGAGUUUGGUAACUUCUUGCACCGAAGGGCAUACGAGGAGAUGGUGCGGACCUUGCAUCUCCCGUUCCGCGCCAUCGAGGGCACAAGCGCCGUCGGUCCCUUCUUUUGGGCCGCCUUUGACCAAGACGACGAAGACCCGCAUCUACAAAUCAUCUUCCGCAAGUCCGACGUCCGCAAGAAGGGCAAGACGCGCGGGUGGGAGCUGAUGCUGUCGCACUCGUUCCGCACGCACAUCACGUCGGGGUUUGCCAAGGGGACGGCGUCGUCCGACAUGGUGGAGAGCAUCAAGCACCUGCGGGCGUGCGCGGCCCAGAUCCUGCACCCGCUGCUGCUGCCGACCAUCAUCCUCAGCCACGACCUGUCCAUGAAGAACGACCAGAAGCAGCGCAACGCCCGCCAGUGGCUGCGCGACCUCGAGACCGCCGUCAGCAUGCGCUCCGAGGUGCUCGAGGAGGAGAACAAGUACAUCCGCGGCACCAUGAUCGACCUCGACCAGAUCAACAUGGACCUCGUCGAGUGCCACUCGCAGGUGCUGUGGAAGCGGCCCCAGGCCUACCAGGAGAUCAUCAGGGGGGUCUGCCAGGCGAUGGACCGCUUCUGGGAGAAGGCGAGGGACGACGAGGCGUACGGGGGCCAAGCUGAAGGGGAUCGAGAACUACGCACACAUUACGCUCGAGCGGCUGACGAUUCAGCGGGCGGCAAAUCCAAACUCGGCCUCACCAUGGCCGGCGAGCAACGACGCCUCGCCCACGCCUCCAAGCGCGACAGCACCUCGAUGAAGAUCCUCUCCCUCCUCGGCGCCAUCUUCCUCCCCGCCACCUACCUAGCCUCCAUCUUCGGCAUGACCUUUUUCAACUUUGUCCCCCGACGGCGGCAACGACCCCCCCUCACCUCCCACCACCACCGGUACCGGCACCACCCACCCCCCCAAACACCGCAACCCCCCCACCGUGGAACCCCGUCUCCCCCCUACUAUGGAUUUAUUUCGCCAUCACCAUCCCCCGUGACGCUCAUCAUCGUGGUGUGCUGGCGGUGGUGGAACCGGCGGCGAGAGGCACAGUAUGCGAAGGAGGACCGGGACGUGGAGGAGAGGAUCGAGAAGAUGGAGGCGCAGAUCAUGGCAACGAUGAGAAAGCGGACGAUGAGCAAGAUGCGGACGUGGGAGGUGGGGAAGACGUGA